AUGACUGCUAUGACGUCGUCAUUGGUUUGUUCUGGCGUUCAGCAGUUUGAGAACAAACCAAAAGGUUGUGAUUUGUGUGAGGUGUGCUUCAAGCCCGUAAAUCUGGAUAACAUUGAUGUUCAUUUGGCAGCUGGAUGUGGAAUGGAAAUUCAGAAACGGUACAAUCUUCCAAGAAGCAAGCCGAGAAAGCGAGUGAAAAAGGUUCAAGCUGGAGAAGCCAAGUUCAAGGUUCCAAAAAAGAAAACAAACACUCCGCCAAAAUCCAAAAUAGACAUGAAGAAGGAAACAACUUCAACCCAUAACCAGUGA